UCGAACUUCGCGGCAAUAUAUCGCCUUACUACGAUUCAGUCGACGACACGACGAUCCUCGCAUCAUUUCGAGAGAACACCUCAAGCAAGAUGGCGUCGAAUAUUUUACGAAAAUUAUCUUGCUCCUUAAAAAAUGUUGGAUUAUCUGGAUCUCGAGUUUAUCAGGGAUUGAGUGUCGCACCAUCAGUUCUUUCAAGGUGCCUCUCCAGUGAAGCAUCUGCUGGAGCAGAAUCUAGACCUACUGUGCGCCAGCAUGAUGCUGUCGCCCGAGAACAAAUUUCUGACUUUGGCAGAUAUGUGGCUGAGUGCUUGCCUAAGUAUGUUCAGAAAGUUCAAAUGACUGGAACUGACGAAUUGGAAGUACUAAUUGCCCCCGAAGGUGUUGUACCUGUCUUAACCUUUUUGAAAGACCACCACAAUGCUCAGUUUGCAAGCCUUGCAGACAUUGGUGGAGUUGAUGUUCCAACACGAAUGUACAGGUUUGAGGUUGUCUACAAUUUGCUUUCUUUGAGAUACAAUACUCGUAUCCGUGUGAAAACUUACACUGAUGAAUUAACACCAAUAGACUCAGUCAAUGAGGUUUACAAAGCAGCUAAUUGGUAUGAAAGAGAAAUCUGGGACAUGUUUGGUGUCUUCUUUGCUGACCAUCCUGAUCUUAGGCGCAUCCUUACCGAUUAUGGUUUUGAAGGACAUCCUUUCCGUAAGGACUUCCCUUUGAGUGGAUAUGUUGAAGUGCGAUAUGAUGAUGCAAAGAAGCGAGUAGUUGUGGAACCACUUGAGCUGGCUCAAGAAUUCCGGCGGUUUGAACUGAACAGUCCAUGGGAGCAAUUCCCCAAUUUCCGUGACACUAGUGUCAUUGAAGAUGCUACUACACCAGCUGCUGAGAAGAAAUAGGAUUUUAAUUUGUUUAUAUGUGUACGGAUAUAGUCUGUUAAUUUGCAAUAUGUUUGUUUUUUUGAUGGUAUAUCCAGUUAAUUGAAGAUAUGUACAGUUUCGAGCAAUUUUGAAAGGUAAAAUUUUGUACAGGUAUACUUCCUUUUGUAAAUUGUUCUGCUUAAUAAAUUUAAAACUCCAAUUA